CAGCACGCCAAACACCCAGUACAGUGAUUGCAAUAACUAACUUUGAAAAGCAGUUUGAUGUUCUGUCGUUUUGGAAAGACGGCUCUGCUUGUCCUUGUGUCGCCAUUGUAUUCUUCUACCGUGAUAGAACCUUAGGGAACGGUGUGAUUGUGCAUCGCUGCCAUAAUGCCGGCGAGGCAAGCCCCUCAAGAGAAGAACAUCGAAGUUGUGGUUCGAUGCAGGCCAAGGAAUUCAGCUGAGAAGAAGGCGGCAUCUCCCAGCAUUAUAGAAUGCCAGUCAAAGAAGAAAUCGCUGACCCUGUCUGCGGACAAGCAGACCAAAACGUUCUCAUUUGACAAAGUAUUUGGUCCUGAAGCAAGUCAGAUUGAAGUCUACAAGUCGGUCAUCUUGCCUAUCAUCGAGGAAGUUCUCCAGGGCUACAAUUGUACCGUAUUUGCAUAUGGACAAACAGGAACCGGUAAGACAUACACAAUGGAGGGAGAGAGAACCGAAGGAUCAGCCACAUGGGAAGACGAUCCCAAGUCAGGAAUCAUUCCGCGCACACUCCAUCAGCUGUUUGAACGGCUUGAGUCCCAGGACUGUGAGUUUUCUGUGCGUGUAUCAUUCUUGGAGCUCUACAACGAAGAGAUAUUUGAUUUGCUGACGUCGCCCGAGGAUACCAGCAAGCUGCGUCUCUAUGAAGACUCUUCACGGAAAGGCUCUGUUAUCAUUCAAGGCUUGGAGGAAGUACCGGUGCGCAGCAAGGAUGAAGUGUACACAAUCAUGACGAAAGGAGCAGCAAAGAGGCAGACGGCUGCCACUCUAAUGAAUGCCCACUCCAGCCGCUCUCACUCCGUUUUCAAUGUGACGGUGCAUAUGAAAGAGAACUCUUGCGAUGGCGAAGAGCUUGUCAAAACCGGAAAGUUCAACUUGGUUGAUCUGGCUGGAUCUGAGAGCAUUGGCCGAUCCGGAGCUGUGGACAAACGCGCACGUGAAGCCGGCAAUAUCAAUCAGAGCUUGUUAACGCUUGGCCGUGUGAUCACCGCAUUGGUGGACCGCGCUCCUCACGUUCCAUAUCGGGAGAGUAAGCUGACGCGUUUGCUGCAAGACUCACUGGGUGGUCGUACCAAGACGUGUAUCAUUGCUACCGUGUCGCCAGCGCUGAUCAACGUGGAGGAGACCAUCAGCACGUUGGAUUACGCGCACCGUGCCAAGAACAUCACCAACCGGCCGGAAGUCAACCAGAAGCUGACCAAGCGAGCGUUGAUCAAGGAAUACACGGAGGAAAUUGACCGUCUCAAGAGAGAUCUGGCGGCCUGUCGUGACAGGAAUGGCAUAUUUGUUGCACCUGAAAACUACUCGGCGUUGACCAGCCAGAUUGAGGGAAUUGCCGUUCUCGAGACUAAGGUGAAGGCGCUGACAACAGAUCUGGCUGAGAUGUCUGCUCUCUUCACAAAGACAACUGGAGAGCUGGAAGAGUGCCAAGGGAAUCUGGAGGCACUGCACCAGGACUUGGUGGCAACCCAGGAAAAGCUCAGUAACACCAAAACACGUCUCCGUGAAACAAAGAAGGAUCUGCUGGAGACGCGCGUGGAGAGGGAGAAGAACAAGUUUCUCUGCGAGCAGCACCAGGCCACCAGCGAGCAGCUUGUGAACGAGGGCGAGGCGCUGCUCGGUGCAGUGACCGCCUCUGUCCAGGACGUCGACGGCCUACAGGCCAAACUGGACCGCAGAAGACACGUGGACGUGGCAAACCAGCAGGAGGUUGGCAGCUUCAGAGAGGGGUUUGCCGGGCAAGUACACGUUCUGGAGGAAGAGUUGGAGGAUGGCCUUCAGCGACAAAUGCAAUCUCUGACCAAGUUGAGCGGACGCCUCGCCGGCUUGCUGGAAUGCAGCCAGCAACAAGUGUCAUCGGUCACUGAGCAGGUGAAGAGACUGGUGUCCAGUGUUGAGACUGGUCUGCAGGCUGUGGACACGCAGCAACAGUCUAUGCUCUCAACAACCCAAGCAUCGGUCCACCGUGCCAAGGAAGAUGUCACGAAGGCGUUUGCCAGCACUCGUGACAUUGUAUCGAGCGGAUGCCAGUCCAAGAUUGUGCCGACCUUGAACAGCAUCCAGGCCACGCUGCCGUUGCUGUCUGAGACUCUGGUUGAGCUGCAGAGAGGUGUCCUGGACCAGCUGUCAAGCCAAGAAGCUGAACUACAUUCCUUCGCCGUUCAGCAGAAGGAGCAGUUGCGUGCCCUGUCGGAACUUCAGGAGAGUCACAAGGAGAGCCAGGGCUCUCAGCUGCAACUUUGCUCCAACGUGUUGCAAGAGCGGAUGGAGGAGAUGAGACGCCUGCAGGAGUCCAUGCUGUCUGAUCUGUGCAGUGCAUUCACCACGGCCACACAGAAGGAAGAGGAGCAUUGUCAGUCUGUCCAGCAGUGUAUCGACAAGGCCAGUGAUGACAUCAGCAGUAUGACAACACGCACCGACAGUAUCGCUGCAGCCGUUACCGACUGCGUCCAGACGAAGUAUUCGCAGGCGACCGGUAGUGUUUCAGCAAUCAAGCAGCGUGGCCAACAAUGCCAGGACAGCGUCAGUACACUUGUGUCUACUGUUGACAGGGUCACGAUGGAUAUGCAGCAGGAGUCUACUGACAUGCUGGACCGGCAUCUCAGCAGUAUAGAGUGCCAUAGCUCUAACGUGCGAUCAAGCCAACGGGAGAUUCUUACAACCAUGACUGCAGAGGAAGCUAAGAUUUGUGCUACCAUGCAUGACUUCAUCACAAGACAGGAAAGCACACACCAUGCUGGAGAGCAGGAGAAUGCAGAGUGCCGAGCAGCGUUCGAGCAUCUCAUCGUGGCUGGGUGCGCAUCCACCGCCGAGCUCAACUCGCGUGUCGAGCAGUUCUUCGAUUGCGAAUUCAGCCGAGAUGUUCCUACCGGCGUAACACCGGCACGCCGUGCUUUCCCGCACCCAGCUCGCUUGACCGUGCAGCCGCACACUGAUGACCUGGUGAAGCAGUUCCAUGACGUCUUCUCGUACUCGCAGGUCAACGGCGACAUGACUGACGACAGCUUUGCUGACCUCAGCUCAGCCCUAUCGCCCACGGUGCUGGGCAAUAGUCGCAUGCUAGAGACGCCGUCUCCAACGAACAUGUCCACAUCCUCUGGUGAUCUGGCCUUGUCUGAGGAAAGUAGUAGAAAGGAGAACACUGCCAGGGAAGUCGUUUCGUCCGGCCAACCUGUCAAGAAGACGCUAGGGAAAAGCAAGUCAGGUAGAGGUGAUGCCAAGCCUGCCUCACGGCCGCUCGGUGUCAGUAACAAUCGCCAGUUUGUCCGCUGAUUUUCAGCAAUGACCUCGCAGUUUCUACCUGCUCUCGGUAUGCACUGUUCUGCCGCGAUCUCUCACGGCAAUCAUUGUCAUGACCACCCGUCCUCUUCUUUCUAAAGUCUUUAGUCACAAAACAGAUAUUAUACAAUGUAGAUGUGUGCUCAAUUUUAGAACAUAGUGUUGGACAAUCAUGAAAUUGUCCAGACCACAUAACAGCUGAUUCCCCAUAGACAACACAGCAGCUGAUGUCCCAUAGACCGCAGCGUUGUGUAUAGCCGGCUGUAGGCAAUGCUCGCUUCACUUGUAUUUCCCCUGUGUACACACGGGCAUGAUUAGACAGCUUCCGUGUAAGCUAGGCUUGGCCCACUGUACACAGUGGUCAAUUCAUCUAGAUCCCUGCUUGCACAUUGCUUGGCUUUGUUCGGCCGCAGAGCAUGCUUCACUGAUCAUUUCUAUGCGUUGCCUGCACAGAAAUGCAUUUCUGCUUAUGUUUCUAUCCUGUGUUCUUGUCUGUCUAACUCCGAGUGCAUGUUGUGUCGUGCUUACUUCGCUGUUGUUGCCGCCAAGAUCAUGUGAUCCUGGACUUGAAAAGUCGCUCUGCAGCCUUUCCAGCACAUGUGUGUGAAAGCAACCCGUCUUUGCGUAGCGUCUUUUAGGCUUCCCUUCUUCUUUCUGUAUGAAUUUAUUAGAGUACACGAUUGCUUUGUUCAGUACGUAACGUUCCAGCCAGCCUUUGUUUACUUCAGUCAUGUAUGACUCAUCUGAUGAUCACAUGACCACCUAACCCAUGACGAUAAUUACUAUUUCAACAAUAUCAUCGCACACACCUACUAGUACAUGCAUGCACAUGUUCGCCGAUGGUGUUCUGUCGAUGAAGGUAAUGACAGGUAAAAAUAAUAACUGAGGUUAUCCUGA